GUACCCAAAGAUUUCCGCAUCAAUGGCAUCAUUAGUGCACCUGCCACCCCUCUCAAAGACAAUGGGGACGUGGAUACAGAAGCCGUCGAGUCUUACGUUGAUUUUCUAGCCAACAACGACAUCAAUGGGGUGUUUGUGCUAGGGACGCUAGGCGAGGGGUUAUCUCUGACUGUUGAAGAAAGAAAACAAGUAGCGGCCGCUUGGGUGAAAUACGGACAAGGGAAGUUGUCUUCGGUGAUUGUACAUGUCGGCACGGGCAAUCUAAGGGACACAAUCCAACUGGCGCGACAUGCAGGGGAGGUGAAAGCAACAGCCAUUGCCUGUAUGUCGCCGACGUAUUUCCGGCCCCAAACCGAAGAAAUCAUGGUGACAUACAUGGAGCAAGUCGCAGCCGCCGCCCCCGACACGCCCUUCUACUACUACUGUAUCAACUUCAUGAGCGGGGUCAACCUCAACACGGCCAGGAUCCUACAACUGGCUGACGACCGUAUCCCCACCCUCCGUGGCAUCAAGAUGUCAUCACGUGAGCUCCCCUCCCUGUUGGACUGUACCCAGGUCUGUGGGGGCAAGUUUGACAUCAUGGUCGGCACUGACGAGCAACUCCUGCCUGCCUUGAGUUUAGGGGUUCGAACCCCAGUGUUGAAUGGCUACUUGGGUUCGGUGUUCAAGAGGAUGAGGUCAGCGUUUGACAGUGGCGACAUGGACGGUGCCAGGAAGGAGCAGGUUUUAGCCAGGAAGAUUUUCCUCGUCAGCACAAAGUAUGGCGGAGGUCCAGCAUUCGUCAAGGCCGCCAUGAAGUGUUUGGGGGUGGAGGCAGGUCCAGUGCGGCUCCCCCUGGUGGACAUCCAAGAGGACCUCCUCCCCUCCAUCAAGAGGGACCUAGAGGAGUGCGGCCUACCGGUCAAGUAACGACGAGAUAGGCUGAUGCAGGCUUCUACAAUGAUUGCUGUAAAAUCUGCUGCAUACAAUUAAGUGUUUUUUGCCAGACUUUUUUCUCCGGGGAGGGGAGGGGGGGCACUUAAGAGAUGCCUGGAAGAAACACUGACACAAUUACCAGUUUUGUCUUAGCGAAAUCAUGGAGAAAAAAAGUAUAAUAAUACUGCCAGUAUUUAACAAAUAUCCAAUACAUUUUUAUGUCGUAUUUUUAUGUCACUUAGACUUAUUUUCAUAUUCACAGCGUAUAUAUUAUUACUGCAUUAUUAUAAUCAAUAAAAAUAAUUAUGUGUGUUUAAAAAUAACUACACAAUGUUUUUUAAUUUCUUUUGUUUAUUAGAGGUGUUAGACACGAAUGCCUAAAGGUAAAGCGGGCACAAUUUUAUAUGUAGGCUU